AUGCCGCAGGUGGCUGGCCAGCGGGUGACCCCCCACCUGGCGCUCGGGCCUUCCUCCUCCGGGAGGCCCCGGGCCCCGCCCCGCCCCGCCACCAAGGCCGAAUCCUCCGCGCCCCGAGCGUCUCAAGGUCCCGGGGCGCUCGGGAAGGUGGUGGCCAAGGGGGGCCUGCUUGCGGCGGCUCUCCGCGCCGGCCCCCCCCCCGGGGCCUCGGGAACGCGACUGCCCGGGCCCGGCCGCCGCACCCCCGAUCCAGGCGCCGGCGAGGGGGUGGGGGCCCGCGGGGCUUCGGGGCUGCGGCGGGGGCCACGCGCGGGGACUGGGGGCGUCUCAGGAAACCCUGCUCUUGGCCCCGCCGGGGAUCAGUCCACCAUGUCUGCGUCGGAGCGGGCGAGCGAACCCUCCUCCGCCUCCUCCUCCUCCUCGCGAUCGCCGCCGCAGCCUCCGCCUCUUCCUCCUCCUCCUCCCCGUCCCCCUGCGGCCGCCGAGGGUCGCGGCGCCCAGGCUGCCCGAGCCGCCGCCGUCUGGGCUCGGAUCCGGGAAGCUCGGCGGAGCGGCGGCCGAGGCGGCGACGGGGCUCCUCAUUUGCGUGCUAUUAGCAUGGACCCGCCCAUAGCCACGCCUCACCACGCCCCCUAUCCUGGCCCGCCCAUCGCCCCGCCCCCCGCCCGGCUCAUCUGCAUGCACAUUCCUCGCCGCCACAUUCCAGGGCUUAACCCUGCGGCUCCCGCGGCUCCGCGCGCGGGCCUGGGCGCCGGCCGGAGCCGGGCUGCGGCGGCGGCGGCGGCGGCGGCGGGAGAGGGGGGCCGCGGGCCAGGGAAACCACAAGACUUUCCCCGAGAGGAAAGGGGUGUGGGAGGCUCCCUUCGGAAGCAAAAGGUCCCAGCGAACAGCGAGGGCACAAAAGGGUCCCUCUGCGCGGCGCUCCGCACCCCGUCUCGGACCCCGGGGCGGUUCCCGGGGCGAGGGGUGGGGGAGAAAGGAGCCCGGCCCUCCGGGACCUCCGAGCCCCGAGGGGCCCCGCGGGCCUCGCGGCGGACAGCGAAGGCGAGUCCCGAGGUCCGAGAGCGCCGCGUCCCGCCCUGUCUCCGGGGGGGCCCCGCUGGGAGGACUCGGGCCAGACCCGGAGAAGGGGCUGACCACUCCACCCUGGUCGUCGUCCACGUCCGCUCGGCCCUCGGAGCCCCGAGCUGGACGUGCCUGCCCCGGGCAUCCAGCCCCUUCCGUCCGCCCCCGNCCUGGAUUCUCCUAAGGAAGUCAAGUGAACUGAGGUUCCCCAGGUCGCGGAGCUGCCGCCGUUAG